GAUGAUGUCACAAAUGACGUCAAUAAGUGGUAAUUUUGAAUUUAUGUUUACGUUUAUCGAAAAAUAAAGAAGUUAUGGAUGAUUAUAUUGCUAUACUUCAUUCGAAAACUAAACUGCAUUUAUUAUAUAAUUUUAUGAAACAAGUGGAAAACUUGUUAAAGACAAACUGUGGAAAAAUUUCAAAAGAGCUUCUUAAAAAUUCAGAAGAAAGUGCUGUUUUAAUAAAUAUAGAAUUUAUCUUGAAAGAUUUAAAUGACAUUUGUGAUCUUAAAAAUAAUUUGUGUGGAAAGUAUUAUAUUGAGGAAUUUAGAAAUCAAGUAGAUGAUGCUUAUUAUCAACUGAAAAGUGCUAUAAGAAUUCUAAAGGCUUCAGUAAAUAAAUUAUCUUUAAAUUAUAUGUCUGAGACCGUUAGAGAACUGGUUGCUGUUGAUAUAAAAUUUAUAUUAGAAUCUGUUGUAACUUUUUUAGUAACUGUACAAAAUAUUGAUGAAAAGAUUCUGGAGAAUAUUUGUUCAGAUCUCAGUUUAACUUUAUCUUCAUUGAAGACAAAUUUUGGUACACCUCAUUACAAUAGAAAAUAUAAGGAAUUACUGCUUUGUAUUCAAGAAUUUAUUUCCGUUGUUCAAAAACAAUUGGAAGAUAUGAUAAAUAAUGAAAGAAAAUAUAAACUGAUUGUAGCUUUAACUGAAUUCAAGAGAUUGUUUAUUUUAUUGCAUGAAGUGCAGUUUAUGACAUAUUCUAAUUUAACACAAUUAAAGAAAUUAUCCAUUUGGAAUUAUAUUAUUGCUGAAAUGAAUUUUUAUAUUGAGAAAAUAAUACAGUUUAACAAAAAUGAAAAUUUAAUUGAAGAGAACUGCAAAGAUAUGGGAUAUUUUGUCAAUAAGAUUGAUGAGUUGCUUUGUCAGCUAUCAUCAAAAGUAUGUCUAAAGAUACAGAAUGGAAAACUGGAACAAUUAUUAGAAGAAAUAUUACAACAUAGCAUGGCAGUUUCACAUUUUAUAAUUAGUAAGGAAAACUCUAUGAAGGAUUUGUGCCAUAAGGUAUUACAACAAUACAAUAUCUGUAUGAAUGUUGAAAAAAAAUUGGAAAAUAAUAAUAAUGAUCAAAAAUUGAAACAAGCUUUGAUUUUAGAAAGUGAAGUUUUAUUGGAUGAUAUAGAUUGCUUGGAAAGACAACUCAACAUAGAAAUAUUGAAGUUAAUAGGAAACAAAUUUCCAAGAAUGCAAACACUUUUCGAAUCAAAUAUGGAUUUUAUCUUUAAAUUGAAAAAUAAAGAAACAACAGAUGUUAAUUUAGAUUUACUGUUCAAAGAUUUUUAUGAACAAGCUGAUCUCCUCUAUCAAAUCUGUAGAUUUGCUAUUUCAUGCUCAACUGAUUUUUUUACUGUUUACAGGAUUCUCAUUAUAGUUGACCGUUUGGAAAAUUUAGAUCCUGAAAUAAUUCCUGUUGUAAAAGCAUUUUAUCAUGACCAGAGUAGAGAAAACAUGUAUCAAUUAAAGUUUAUCAAAAAAGAAUGGAACUAUUUCAUUAAUGAACUAAUUUAUAAUAUAAUAAAAAUUGCUGAUGCAACAGCAUUUCUCAGAAUUUUGAGAAUACAGAUUGAAAAGGAAUGUAGUAAAUUCUUAGACUGUGAGAGUGUUUUUGCAGAUAUUAAAUAUGUUUCAGCAUCUUUGAAAUUUUUUGUUUGCAUAAUUUCUUUUAAUUAUGACUCUUUAACAUCAUCUGAAGAUCAACAAAAAUCUUUAUUGAAAACUAUUGAAGAAUUAAAAAUAAUUGACUGUAUAAUAUCUACUGAUGAUCAAAAUGCCAAGAAGGAAAAUAAAACCAAAUUAAAGAAGCAAUUGAUGAUAAUGUUACAUUGUAUUGAUAAAGUUUUUAAUUCUUUGGUUGAUUUUAAAAGUUCUACUGUAUUAUCUGAAAAUAAGAGUUCUACUGAAGAUAUUUCAAAUACAGUUGAUACAAAGAAAUUGCAAACUGAUUUAGAUUCCAUUGAAAAAAAUGACACAACUGAUAAAAAGCAAUUUACUUCCAUUUUAAAUAAUGACAAAUGUGGACAAAUUGAUAUAACAGAUAUUUUAGAAAAUAUAUCAUCAUUAUCUUCUACUUUCAAUAGUGAAGAAUUGCUUGAAAAAGCAAAAGAUAUGAGCAACAAGAAAAGAAUUGCAGAUCUUUCAUUUCAUUUCUCAUCUAAAUGUACAGAAUCAUUACAAGAACAUUCUGAAGAGAUGUUAAAAGAAGAUAAUUUGCAUUCUACUGAUUAUCAACAUUUUAUGGAUUCAGUGUUAAAUUGCAUCCAACCAGAUAUAACUAGAAAGAUUGCUUCUGAAAAUACUUCAAAGGAAGCAGUGUCCUUUUUUAACAGAAUAAAACUUAGGAAUUCAUUAUCUCAACCUAACUUGAAUAAAAAAUUACAAAUGAUUUUUAUUACAACUGAACAAAUAGAUCUUUAUAUGAAAGAUAUAAAUGAGGAUGAAAUUAUAGGCAUCUCGAAAUCAAUUUUAAUAUUGUUAACAGAUUUAAUCAAACUUUCUGAGAAGACAAAUUCUGAGAAUGCAAUUUUUGAUUUGGCAAAAGUUCUUGGUACAAAAACAGAAGCUUUUUCUAAAAUUUUAUCAGGAUGGAUUGUUAAAACAAAAAAUAUAAGGAUCACUAAGAAAUUGCAAAACUUGAGUGAACAAAUACAUCUAUCAUCAUCUCAGCUCUGCAUUUUAAGUAAUAUUGAAACAGAAGAACAGAAUAAGAAAUAUGAAGCUGUGAUUGAAAUUAUUGCUAACUUAUCAAAUCAAGUUUUACAGGUUCUUCAUCAAAUCAAAUUUAUAGAAGGAAAAGAAAUUAAAGUGCAAGAUACAAAAUAAUUGAACAGCAAGUUAAUGAAGAAAUAUUUUUAUAAUAGUUGUGUAAAAUUAGUAUGAUUUACAUACAAUAAAGAUGAUUUAUC